AACUUCACGUUAUUCGAGAGAUCUGUGGAAGUGAAAACCGGAUGAUAUCCGUCAAUUUUACAGAGUGCGAAAUUUUGAUUCUCAUGUUGAAGAAUUUAACGAAUGUGGAAUAUUUUACGCGUAAAAAGUGGUGAAAUUAAUUAUCUAGUCGAUUGAGAAAAAUGGGAAAGGCAAAGAAAGGAAGACGUGCUGACAAGGACGAUGAAAUUGAAAGUGACGUUGAAGUAGAAGAACAGCAAAAUAAUGAACAGGCAAAAUCAAAAACGAAAGGCAAGGACAAGAAAAAGAAGAAAGGAGAUGAAUUCGAUGAUUUGGCUAAUGAGAUGAGUGAAUUAAAAGUUGAGAAAUCGAAACCGUCUAAAAAAGAGAAAAAAUCAAAGAAAGGAGGCGAUGAUUCCGAUGAUGAUAUGGAAAUAUUAACAAAAUCAAAAGGAAAAAAAUCGUCUUUGACUAUUGAAGAUGGAGAUUCUGAUUCAGAAACAGAAUCAUCGAAAGCUAAUUUAAAAAAUCGAAAAAAUCAAGCUCCAAAGAAAGGUUUUGCCGCUUUGUCCAUUGAUUCAGGAGAUGAUUCUGAUGAGGAUAAAUCGUUGAAAUCUAAAGCAAAAGGUAAAAAGGGUAAAAAAGAUGUGCACUAUGAUUCAGAUGAUGAUGAAAUGGAAGGACAAAAGCAAAAGGGCAAUAAAAAGAAUAAGAAAGGAAAAAAACAAAUUGAUUCAGAUGAUUCUGAUUUGGAUGUAAAGAAGACUAAAGGAAAAUCGAAAAAGGGCAAAAAGAAUGUUGAUUCUGAUUCUGAUGGAGAAGAAGAAUCUAUAAAGAGUAAAGCAGAGGAGAAAAAGGGUAAAACAAAAGGUAAAACGAAGGCAAAAAAAGCUUCAGAAUCCGAUGACGAUGAUUUUCCAAUUCAACCAAUUAAAUCGACAAAGGGAAAUAAAGCAAUGAAAGGAGGAUUUGCUCUUUUAAAUGUCGAGGGAGAUGAUGAUAAUGAUGAUGAUGAUGACAUUGAAGAAGAGCCAUAUGAAAGUGAAAAUGAAUCUGAAAAGAAGCCAAUUGUUGAAAAAAGUAAAAAUUCAAAGUCACAACAUGCUCAAGAACAGAAAAAAGGGAAGAAAGCAAAGAAAAAGCGAAACGAUAGUGAAGAGGAUAUUGAAAAAGUAUUGGCUGAAUUAGAAAUGGAAUACUCUGGUCAAAAGAAAGAAAGUGUCGAGACAGUGAAAGUGGAAGAAGAUGAAAAAAAGAAAAUCAAGGAAAAUGAACAAGAAAAGAAAAUUGAAAAAGAUGAAGGUAAUGAUGAAGACGAUCAAGAAGUUAGUACAGUAAAAUCAGCAGCUCAGAAAAAGAAGGAAAAAAAAGAGAGGGAAAGACUAAAGAAACAGGCUCAGAAAAAAGCGGAUGCUGUUAAGAAGAGCGAAGAGCCUAAAAAGUCUGAUAAACCCGAAGAGAAGGAAAUUGUAAAACCUGCGAAAUCGGGUGAAAAAAGUGACGCUGAGGGUGAAGUAGCAGAAGAAGAUGAUAAGAAGAAAAAGAAGAAAGGUGCGAAGGAAGAUCCAAAAGACAAAGGCAAAGGACCAGGAAAAAAGACAAUUUUAGCGAUGCAAGAAGCUUUGAAAAAGGCUAAAGAAGAUGAGGAACGUUUACAACGUGAAGAGGAGGAGAAAAUUCGUCAAGAGGAGCUUCGUGAGCAGGCGCGAUUAGAACAAAUUCGAUUAGAGCAAGAAAGAAAAGAUAAGAAAAAAUUAAAAGAGAAACAAAGAAAAGAGAGACUUAAAGCUGAGGGUAAAUUUUUGACGCCUAAACAAAAACAGGCACAACAAAGAGCGCAGGCAAUGCUUGAGGCAUUGAGAGCACAGGGUAAAAUACCCGAUGCCACGGAGAAAAGGCCACCAAGACCAGGAACAAGAAUAAAACCAAGUAAAAUGAAAUCACAAAUUAGUAUCGAGGAAGCUGAUGAGAAGAAAGAUGAUGAAAAUUCAACUGAGGUACAAGUGGAAAUAGUUGAUCAACAACCAAAAGUCGAAGAAAUUAAGAAAGAAGAUGAAGUCAAAGAUUCUUGGGACGCUGAUUCAAGUGAUGAAGCCGAAGAAGAUAAAUCUGAGGAGGAUCCAAAGUCAAUUGAAAAAGGAACUUCCAAGGAAGAGACACCAGCGAAGGAAUCUUCUGAUAGUGAAUCGGAAACGAAUAGUGAAUCGGGUUCGGAUUCCGAGGAGGAGAGUGAAGACGAUAGUAGUCAAGAGGACAAAAUGACAGACGCAGAACGUAAAAAAGAACGUGCUCGAUUAAGAAUAGAAACACGAAGAAUUGAAGCUGAAAAGAAGAAGAAUUUGGAUGAUUUAAGAGCGGCUGUUGUAUGCGUUUUAGGACAUGUUGAUACGGGAAAAACGAAAAUUCUCGAUAAACUUAGAAGAACAAAUGUCCAAGAUGGUGAAGCUGGUGGAAUAACACAGCAAAUUGGAGCAACGAAUGUACCAAUUGAUGCAAUUCAAGAUUCCACGAAACAUGUGAAAGGAUUUGCAGAUAAGAAAAUAAAAAUCCCAGGCCUCUUAAUUAUUGAUACUCCUGGCCACGAGUCUUUUAGCAAUUUGAGAAAUCGUGGUUCAUCUCUUUGUGAUAUUGCCGUUUUAGUUGUUGAUAUUAUGCAUGGAUUAGAGCCACAAACAAUAGAGAGUAUAAAUCUUUUGAAAACAAAGAAAUGUCCCUUUGUUGUUGCUCUUAAUAAGAUUGAUAGGCUUUACGAUUGGAAUACAAUGAAUCGAAAAGAUGUACAGGACAUCAUUAAAGCACAAUCAAUAAAUACUCAAAGGGAAUUUGAAAAACGUUACAAAGAUGUAAUUGUUCAAUUUGCUGAGCAGGGCUUAAAUGCAGCUCUAUUUUAUGAGAAUCCGGAUCCCAGGAGUUAUGUCUCUUUGGUUCCAACAAGUGCCAUAACAGGAGAGGGAAUGGGAAAUCUUUUGGCAUUGCUCGUUGACGCAUGUCAAGGUCCUUUGGCAAAGAGAUUGAUGUACAGUGAAGAAUUGCAAGCAACUGUUUUGGAAGUUAAAGCUCUUCCUGGACUUGGAACGACAAUAGAUUGUAUUCUAGUCAAUGGACUGUUGAGAGAAGGCGACACCAUGAUUGUCGCUGGAACGGAUGGACCGAUUGUUACGCAAAUUCGUUCCCUUCUCAUGCCACAGCCACUGAAGGAAUUGAGAGUCAAAAAUGCGUACCAAGAGUAUCGAGAAAUUAAAGCUGCUCAAGGUGUGAAAAUUGCUGCUAAAGAUCUCGAGAAAGCAAUUGCGGGAUUGAAUCUUCUGGUGGCUCAAAAACCAGACGAAGUUGAUGUUCUUCGAGAUGAAAUUGCUCAGGAGUUGACCCACGUUCUUGGAAACAUAAAACUUGCUGAGCGAGGUGUUUUCGUUCAGGCUUCAACUCUAGGCGCUUUGGAGGCACUUUUGGAUUUCUUAAAAAGCAGCAAAAUACCGUACGCUGGAAUUCGUAUUGGACCUGUCGUCAAGAAAGAUGUGAUGAAGGCGUCGAUUAUGUUGGAGCAUGAUAGCCAAUACGCGACAAUUUUGGCUUUUGAUGUGAAGAUAGAGAGAGACGCCCAGGAAUUAGCAGAUUCUAUUGGCGUGAAAAUAUUCCAAGCAGACAUCAUCUACCAUCUUUUCGACAAGUUUACCGCCUACAGGGAGGAGCUCAAGCAACGAAAACGUGAGGAACACAAACACAUUGCUGUCUUCCCUUGCAAAUUGAAAAUUUUGCCACAAUUUCUCUUCAAGACGAGAGAUCCAAUUGUUGCGGGAGUGAUGGUGGAAGCUGGGAUUCUUAAACCGGGAACUCCUGUUUGUGUACCCAGCAAAGAAUUCGUUGAUCUGGGAGUGGUGACGAGUGUUGAGAUCAAUCACAAGCCUGUUGAAUUUGCCAGAAAGGGACAAGAAGUUUGCAUUAAAAUUGAACCCGUACCUGGUGAGGCGCCAAAAAUGUUUGGUCGACAUUUCGAUGAAAAAGACAUGAUCAUCAGUAAGAUAAGCAGACAAAGUAUAGAUGCCUGUAAAGAUUACUUUAGAGAAGAUCUCGUCAAGACUGACUGGCAAUUGAUGGUAGAACUUAAGAAACUCUUCCAGAUUCUCUAAGAAGACUUGAAUCAAUAGAAUUUUUAAAUGCUGAACUAAAAAAAAGCAAAGAAAAAAAAGAAUCUGAAUCGAGUGUCACCAUCGGUGCUUUUUCCCAUCAUAAUUUGUCCACAUAAAAUGAAAUACGCCAAUUAUGGCUGAUAUAUAUAUCCUUCCAUAUUAAUCUUUUAUGCCUUUUAAUUUUUCUCUAUUCGGCUUUUUGACUUAAUACACCAAUAUUAUUAUUUUUUUUUCACAAAAAAAAAAAUAAUCAUCACAAAAACUUGAAUUUAUAUUUUAAUGCAAAAUAUUUUACUGUGGAAGAAUUUCGAAUUUUCUUAAAAAAUAGAUUCUCUGGAAAAUCUUCCCAUAUUUUUUUUUUUUUUUGAAUUUUAAUAAAAAAUAUUUGCGCGCAAAGCUGCAUCGAAGCAAUAUAUAAAAUAUUAUUUGUAACAUAGAAAAAGUCACUUGCUGUGAAAAUUAAUUUAAAAAAAAAAAGAAAUUUUUUUUGUAAAAAAUAAUUGCAAGUUGGCUUUUUUUUUUAUUUUUCUUUUUCCAGAGAACAGCGAGAGUACUAGGUAGAUAGGUUAGAUUAGAUAGGUGUAACAUAUUAAAAAAAAAAUAUAUAUAUAUAUAAUUAAAUAAAAGGGAUGGAACGACGAAUUAUUUCACAAUUUUAAUAUUGCAACAUUAUUUAUUUGUUUGCAAUUCUUAUGUACUUCAAUCAACGAUGAUAUUUGAUAUUAGGAUUUUUUGCACAGAAAUUAUAUUAAGGCGCCUAGAACUCUCGUGAAUACUGAUAAUAUAAAAAACAAAAAUGCGAGAGUUUUUUUUCUUUUUUUUUUUUUUAAAAAAAAAGGACAUUUUCCUUCUCGUUAAAAUCGAUAAUGUCAUUUUACAUAAAAUAAACAAGGAGGGAAUCUCGA